AACGCUACAAGCUACUGAAGAUUGCUGUUGGGGAGGAGAAGAUGCCGGAAGAAGGCGAAGCACGUGAACGGUGGAUUGAGAAAAGCACGGUGCUUUUCGACCUCAUCCUUCAAUCUGUCAACAAGGAGAUGUUCGAGCACAUCAAGGAUCUUGUGGAAGCGGAUGAUUCGGGGGACGAUGUGAAGCUGGUCCUUGACAAGAUCAAGGACACCUAUGCAAGGAUGGCAGCCGCGGGCAGCAGUGUAUCUCAGCUGCACAGGCCGGAGGGAUGGGCACCUCCAGGCAUGAAGCCGCCAAGUGGUGAACGCGCACAAGGUGGCGCUGUGCAAGGCUCAGGUGCACAAGGUGAAGGUGCACAAGGUAAUACCUAUCCUGGGAUGUUUCUCAUGGUUGAGGAUGUGCAUGGGCAUGAGGGUGAUGUGGGAUCUGUGGGAAAGAGCCCCUUCCCUCUCAGGCAGCCGCUAUUUCUUGACAAUUGUGGAUGACCACACUCGAGCAGUGUGGGUUUACCCUUUGAAG